AUGCUCUUGGGCCCUUCGAACAGGCUUCCCGGAUACCUGUCAUGGAAGCUGGAGGAAGACUCGCUCAGUUCAGUGUCUCAGGUGCAGGAAUCCGGCAUGAUCAUAAUUGGUUCUGUCUCAAGUAGCCUCGAUGACUACGACCUCGUUAGGCGGACGGAGCCAAACAGCUUGGGAGGUUGUCAAGACAGAGCUAUCUCACCAUCAUAG